AUGCUCGCCGUCGCUGUGUUCAUUCUGGUCUGGCAUAACCGCCUCUUCACUUGUGCCAGACCUACCAAUUACGCACGUCAAGUCGCAGGAGUUCCUCGGUAUGUGCUAGAUUACGCCCCUCUAGUUUAUCUCGACACAAGAGAAGAAUUCUUCCCUUCCGACAUGUAUGCCCAAAUCACGAACACCCAUCCUGAAAUCAACCUCACGACCAUCGAUAAUCCUCCUGAACCUCUUACCCUUUCCAACCUCCACAAGUUAAAUCGAUAUGGCCGUAAUGGCAGAAACGUCUACCUCACAUCCAACAUCCCCGUCACCUCUGGCCCCAAAUGGCUCACAGGAAUAGUCCCCGAUUCAACCGGCAAAACAAACAACGCCGUCAGCGCCGCAAUAAUUAUCAACGACCACGGCUCCGGCCUCGUCGACGUCUUCUACACGUACUUCUACGCCUACAAUCAAGGUAACACCGUUCUCUUCCAAGAACUCGGUGAUCACAUUGGCGAUUGGGAACACAACAUGAUUCGUUUCGAGAGCGGCAAGCCGCUAGCUAUCUGGUACAGCCAGCACGGCAAUGGCCAGGCAUUCACGUACAACGCCGCCGAGAAAAUCGGCGUUCGUCCCAUUUCUUACUCUGCGCGGGGCAGUCACGCGAAUUAUGCAAUAGCAGGCACACAUGACCACACAAUUCCAGACCUCAAUCUGCCCGCUGGCUUGAUCCAAGAUUAUACCAGCAAAGGCAUGCUCUGGGACCCGACUCUCAACUCCUAUUUCUACAACUACCUCGUAAACACAACCUCCUUCACCUCCAUCAACGACAGCCCUGUCGGCGCGAUGCUGUUCAAGGGUAAAUGGGGCGAUCAACAGUAUCCGGAAGAAGACCCGCAACAACCGCCUCCGUUCUUUGGCUUCUGGAAGUAUGUCAGUGGACCGACGGGGCCGUGGGACAAGCAGUUGAACCGCACGAAGAUAUGUCCUGAGAAUGGGCUCCUUUGUAUUAUUAGGGAUGAGUUGGGGCCUUAG